CUCUCUCUCUCUCUCUCCUCAAGUAAGCUCCAAGAACCCACCACCGACGGGCACAGCAGCAGCAACCUGCACCCAAUCCGCAGCAGCCAUGGGCCGGGUUGCCCUACUGCUUGUCCUCUACCUCGCCGCCUCCGCUGCGGCGGCGGCGGAGGAGCAGCAGCAGCCCGCAUUGCCGUCCUCAACUGGCGCGGCGGCGAGCGGGGGAGCUAGCGGUACGGGGGUGAGCUCGAACUCGGUGCUGGUUGCGCUGCUGGACUCGCACUACACGGAGCUGGCGGAGCUGGUGGAGAAGGCGCUGCUGCUGCAGGCGCUCGAGGACGCCGUCGGCCGGGGCAACGUCACCAUCUUCGCGCCCCGCAACGAGGCGCUGGAGCGGGACCUCGACCCCGAGUUCCGCCGCUUCCUCCUCGAGCCUUGCAACCUCAAGUCGCUCCAGUCGCUGCUCCUCUUCCACGUCCUCCCCUCCCGCGUCCACUCCCUGCCAGCUGCGGUGGCGUCCUACUCCCAUCGCACGCUCUCCGGGGAGCGGCUGGAGCUCGCCACCGCGGAGGACGGGGCGAUGCGGGUCGGGGGCACCGCGGUGGUGACGCGGCCCGACGCCGUGGUGCGCCCCGACGGCGUGAUCCACGGCAUCGAGCGUCUGCUAGUCCCGCGGUCCGUGCAGGAGGACUUCAACCGCCGCCGCAGCCUCGCCGCCAUCUCCGCCGUCCUCCCCACCGGCGCCCCGGAGGUGGACCCGCGCACGCACCGCCUCAAGAAGCCCGCGCCGCCCGUCCCGCUCGGCGCUCCCCCGGUCCUCCCUGUCUGGGACGCGAUGGCUCCGGGCCCCGCCAUCGCGCCGGCGCCGGCCCCGGGGCCGGGGUCCGGGAAGCACCAUUUCGACGGGCACAGCCAGGUGAAGGACUUCAUCCAGACCCUUCUCCUUUACGGCGGGUACAACGAGCUCGCCGACAUCCUCGUCAACCUCACCUCCCUCGCCACCGAGAUGGGGCGGCUCGUCUCCGAGGGGUACGUGCUCACCGUCCUGGCCCCCAACGACGAGGCCAUGGCGCGGCUCACCACCGACCAGCUCAGCGAACCAGGGUCGCCGGAGAACAUCCUCUACUACCACAUGAUCCCCGAGUACCAGACGGAGGAGAGCAUGUACAACGCCGUCCGCCGGUUCGGGAAGGUGCGGUACGACACGCUGCGGCUGCCGCACAAGGUGACGGCGCGCGAGGCCGACGGGUCCGUCAAAUUCGGGCACGGCGAGGGCAGCGCCUACCUCUUCGAUCCCGACAUCUACACCGACGGCAGGAUCUCCGUGCAGGGCAUCGACGCCGUGCUCUUCCCGCCCCAGGAGGAGGGCGCGUCCCCAGCCGCCGCGCCCGCCAGGAAGGCACCCGCCGUCGCCGGCACCACCGCCAAGCCCAAACUCCGACGAGGGAAGUUAUUGGAAGGGGCUUGCCAGUUCAUGGCCGUCUUCGGUCGAAGGUCGCAAUUUGCGAGCUGCCAAUAAACCACGGAUGGAUAUGUAUAUCUCAUUCUGCUUCUGCCGGCCUCAUGACGCUGGAAGAUGAACCGAAACAUCACGGAAGAAUGGAUGGAUGAACUUUGGCUUGUCAAUUAGGAGGGAAUAAUCAGUGGUUGUGAGGAGGAAGAGGUGGAUACAGGAUGGGAGAGCUGUUGGUUGGUUGCUGGGAUGUCGAAUGGGGGCAGAGAAAGAAACGGUGGAUGAGAAUUUGUUUAUAUACUGGAGAGCAACAUGGUGUAUAGCAACUAGGCCCUUUUUCUUUGUUAUAUUUUUUUAUGAUGAUGUUCAUGUUCUUUUUGAUAAAGAGGAAUUCACAAAAAAAAAAAAUGCAUAGCUUUCAUGGAUCA